AUGCGUUUCACUCAGUUCUUCAACUACCUUGCUGUCGGCUCCCUUGCCGGCAUCGCCGCCGCCGCUCCGUUGGGAACUCGGACCCUGGAGGUCGAGGAGGGAGAGCAGUUGGCCUCCCGUUCCACCAACGCAGUGGUGAGCGUCAGCGCAUUGGCUGUCACUAGCGUCAACGACAGUGUUGGCAAGAGCUCCGGCUCAAACUCUUACACCAAGUACACCGGCGAUGGUUCGACGGCUGAUGGAUGGCCCGCCAAGUCCGACUGGCUUUCCUUCGAUGCGAUGUGGGAGGCCAACAAGGAUGCUGUCAUUGCCAAGUCCUGCAGCAACAAUGGCUGGGGCAAGGACAACUCGGCGACCGAGACCGCAAACAUCAAGAGUGCCAUUGAGAAGGUCGCCAAGGAGUCCAAGGUCGACCAUCGCUUCAUUCUGGCCGUGGUUCUGCAGGAAUCCAAGGGCUGUGUCCGGGUCCCGACUACGGCCAACGGUGUAAACAACCCUGGUCUCAUGCAGAGUUACCAGGGUACCGGUACUUGCUAUGGAAAGAGCACCUGCUCCGACUCGGAGAUCGUCCAGAUGAUCCGCGAUGGAGCUAUUGGAACUUCCUCCAGUGGUGGUUAUGGCCUCGCUUCUUACCUGGACUUGGCCGAUCGGACUGGUGUUGCGGCCUACUACCGUGCCGCCAGACUUUACAACUCCGGUGUAAACUCCCUUAAGUCGACCACCAACCUUGAUCUUGCCUCUGGUGCCACUUCUUGCUACGCCUCUGAUAUCGCCAACCGUCUCACUGGCUGGACGACGGCGACCUCUAAGUGCUCUAGCUGGUAG